AUGGCAGACGAAAGCACAUCGGAUCGUGUGCUUCGUGAGGUCAAGGCGGAGUUGGCCGGCACGCCAUACUCCUUCAAGUCUGCACGCCUCCUCAGUGGAGGAACAACCAACUUCAUCUUUCAUGUGAAGCUGCUAGAGCCGCUGAUCGAUGGGACCGUCGAGGUAGCUGUCAAGCAUGGCGAGGGCUUCGUCGCUCAGAGUCCCGAUUUCAAUCUCCCCACGUCAAGAUGCCGGAUCGAAGAAAGCUGCUUGAAAGAUAUCUCAGCACUUCCACCAUAUACCGGAGGAAAGAUCAGCGUGGCAACACCGAAGCUGUUCUACUUCAAUGAGGAGACCAAUACCCAGGUUCAAGCAUACCAGCCAAGCCCCCUGAGCCUCAAGAACUAUGCAAGCCAGUAUCUCGCAGCCUCUAGUCUGGGAAUAUCAACUCUAGAGCCAGUCAAGUCGCAGUGCCUCGACAUUGGAAAGGCGGUGGGUAUGUGGCUUCGGUCAUUCCAUGACUGGAGUAACUCAAAAGAGCAGCUCAAGUUUCGCGAUAUUGCAGCAGGAAACAAGGAAAUGCAAACACUGAAGCAAUGGAUGAAUUAUGAACGACUCCCCAAUUCCAUCACACGAUAUCCGGAUAUUCUGGGUGAUUGUAAUGAUAUCUUUGCAGACAUCGUGGACAGCGUGAAGAGGGAGAUGGUAGACGAGAAAGCCCUGCAGGUCAUACACGGCGACUUCUGGACCGGAAACAUUCUUCUAGAGGGGAAACCUUGGGAUGAUGAGCAUAACCGCCUUCUUGUUGUCGAUUGGGAGAUGUGCCAGCUUGCAGUCAAACCUCUUGAUCUAGGCCAGAUGAUUGCGGAACUAUACGAACUGAAGCUAUACAAAGACAUGGAAGCCGGAAUCUGGUUUAUCCAAGGUUUCGUCAGCGGCUACGGUGUAAUGGAUGCCGACUUUGCCUUCCGAACAUUACUUCAUGUUGCCGUCCAUCUCAUCGGGUUUGGCACAACAGUGCAGGGCUGGGGCACGCAAGACCAAGCGAAGGCAGUGGCAUCUGAGGGAAGGGAAAUUCUGAAGAAUGCUUGGGCGAAGGACCGUGGAUUCUUUGAGAAGCAUCCCCUAGGCUGCAUCUUUUCAUGA